UCUGUCUCUUUUUUCCCAUCUCUCCUUGCCUCCAUGUCUUUUUCUCUCUUUCUUCCACUGUUUAGCUGCUUUACCUCUUCUUUAGAGUAGGAUUUCCAGCAGAAACCCCCUUUUUCCUUGUUUAGGAAAACAUUGUUCUGCUUCCAGAAGAAACCGUUGGGAAAACCAUAAGAAAUUUGGCUCUGGUUCUGAGUACUCUUGAAGAAGAAAGGUUCACUUCUGAAAGUCAGUCCAGAGAGGAGCAUAUUUACAGAAAAUUUCUUUAGAAAAACACUUCCUAAUCAUUGCUGAUCACACCUGAGGACAGUAUGGAACUUCAGAAGAUGGCUAACGGUCACCAUGAACUCAGCCCUGGGAAAAGUACCCUGGAGGAUAGAUUCGAUGCUCUGGAGAACAUGGCUGAAAGAGACGAGUUCCUGCCCCAGAAGACUGAUGGAACCAGAGAAACCAGUUUCACAGAUUUCGAGGGAAAAACCUCAUUUGGAAUGUCCGUCUUCAAUCUCAGUAAUGCGAUCAUGGGUAGUGGCAUUCUGGGACUGGCCUAUGCCAUGUCCAACACUGGCAUCGUCCUCUUUCUAACACUGUUGAUCUUCAUUGCCAUUCUGACUGCAUAUUCCAUUCAUCUGCUGCUGAAGAGUGCAGGAGUGGUUGGAAUUCGUGCGUAUGAGCAGUUGGGUUUCCGAGCAUUUGGGCAGACAGGGAAGAUCAUAGCAGCCUGCAUCAUAACUGUUCAUAACAUCGGAGCAAUGUCGAGCUACCUCUUUAUUGUGAAGAUUGAGUUGCCCUUUGUUAUAGAAGGCCUUCUGGGUCACAAAAGCUCAGGAGAAUGGUAUCUAAAUGGAAACUACCUCAUCAUUAUCGUCAGUCUUGGUGUAAUCCUACCCCUUGCUCUCAUGCGACAGCUUGGGUAUCUUGGCUACACCAGUGGUUUCUCUCUCUCCUGCAUGGUUUUCUUCCUCAUUUCUGUCAUCUAUAAGAAGUUUGUCAUGGAGUGUCCAGUGUAUAGUGACAACUCCACCCAAACAUCCAUCUCUGCUGUAUACAGCUCAGACAAUGACACCUGUACAGCGAAGCUCGUUACCCUCACACCGCAGGCUGCGUAUACCAUUCCUAUUCUGGCCUUCGCGUUUGUGUGUCACCCUGAGGUGCUGCCCAUCUACACUGAGCUUAAAAAGCCAACAAAGAAACGCAUGCAAAAUGUUGCUAACAUCUCUAUAAUGGCUAUGUUCGUCAUGUACCUGUUGACCGCUAUCUUUGGCUACCUCACCUUCUACGGAAACGUGGAAGGAGAGUUGCUGAAGAAUUACAGUACUGCUGACACAUUGAUGCUGUGUGUGCGUUUGGCAGUGCUGGUCGCCGUCACCCUGACUGUGCCUGUCGUUCUCUUCCCUAUCCGCCGUGCAGUCCUGCAGCUGCUGUUCCCUGAGAAGCCCUUCCACUGGGCACGUCACAUUCUCAUUGCUUUGUGCCUGCUUUUCUUAGUCAAUCUGCUUGUCAUCUUCGUGCCCAACAUCCGAGAUAUCUUCGGUGUCAUCGGGGCCACAUCUGCUCCCAGUCUGAUCUUCAUACUGCCAGGAAUAUUCUAUGUCCGCAUUGUUCCUGAAGAACAAGAGCCAAUGAAAUCUCGCCCAAAAAUUAUGGCGAUCGUGUUUGCAGCUCUGGGCUUCAUCUUCAUGGUCACGAGCAUUAGCUUCAUCAUUCUGGAAUGGGUGACUGGACACUCUAAAGGAAUCGGCGGCCACUGAUAAUAUAAAUACAUCAGAGCAACAGAAAUGCACAUUCUCGGUAAUGUGAAGCUUGAAUCAAAUGAGCUUUGCAUAUCUUGAUUUAAGGCAAUACUGAACAUACUGAACGUGACAUUUAAAGACUAUUCAAGGAUUAUGUCAUCUUAGUUAAGAAACCUAACAGUGUACCUACACCUUCUACAGUAGACUUGAUGAUGACUCUCAGCUGACUAUUUUGCCUGAAACACAUUUCAGAGUGGUCAUCAUAUCAUGCCUACAAAAAAAAUAAUCUCAAUUUCCAAUUUUUCAAGACAGAUCUAGUUCAUUGUUAUUUAAUUUCAGUGAAGCAACAUCGUAUAAUUUAUGUGAACCAUAGCUUUAGAAAAGAACUGAUUGAAGCUACAGUAUACACACUGCUGACGUUGGUAAACAGCUAAAGGAAAGAUUUUAUUCUGUUUUUUUAUUGAUUUUAGAAAACUGUAACAACAAACAGCGUUACAUGCUUACAGACCUUUACAAAACUUUACAUACAGUGUACAAAAGCUGCAGUGUAGAGCCAUAUGUGGUACAAAUGCAGUUCAUAUCACCUGCAUUGCCAAAGUUAUCAGUUACUAUCCUUUGUGCUCUACCUCCCUGUGGAAUGUUAAUAUUUGCCAUUACAUGAGUUAUAUUAGUUACAUGAGGAAAAACAUCUUUUUUGUCAUCUUUUUGUUACUUUACGAGCUCAGAAUAUUGUCACUGUCGUAACAAAACCUUUAAUGUUUGAAAUGGUCACUUUACAGGAGAAGGAAAAAAGUCCUUAACUUCAAUUAUGUCUGUUGACCAGGGGCCAUUCAUAAAAUGUAAAGGGCAGCUGGCAUUUCUCAACAGUUAUUAAAACUGUCUGGAAAAGGAUUUUGGGAAGGUUUUGCUACAUCAGUGAUGAUACACUGCAGUGUGUUUAGGUCACAUCUGCUCUGUGUAUUUAUGAUGUAAAUUUGUAUUACAGAACAUUCUAGAAAGAUGUAUUGUGUAGGUUUGCUUUACAUUACAGCGAGAUACACUCAUCGGCCACUGUAUUAGGUACACCUGUUCAGUUGCUUGUUAACACAAAUAGCUAAUCAGCCAAUCACAUGGCUGCAACUCAGUGCAUUUGGGCAUUCAAGGGUCAAGACAAAUUGCUGAGGUGCGACCCGAGCAUCAGAAUGGGGAAGAAAGGUGAUUUACGUGACUUUGAACGUGGCGUGGUUUUUGGUGCCAGAUGGGCUGGUCUGAG